GGGGACCCCCCGCCAUGGGCCCUUCUGCCCUGUCCGUUGCGGGCGGGAGCCGCGGCGCCCCCCCCCACCCCCCGGGGCGGCUGGGGACGGGCAGGUGGCUUCCCCCCCACACCCCCCGGGGUCCUCGGAUGGUCUGAGCUCCCGGGUGAAGCUAGCCCUUUCUCGUGGCCUCGGUUUUCCUCCUCACUCUCUUUAGCACGGCGGUAACGUGGGGCUGGCUCGCACCGGGGGGCGCCCGGGGAGAGGGGGUCGUCCCUGCGCUGCGCACGCUGCCGUAGGGCCUAGUGGUUUCUGAAGCCGCUGAGGGCGGGCGUUUCGGGUGACCUGCCUGCCAGUGAUACGUUUGGCAUCAUCGCCGCUUUGUUUUCCUUUGUGUUUUCUUUUUAUUUUUUAAGCUUUUCUUCAUUAGCGCUGUCUCAUUUCGUUAUUUUCUAUUUAUUUUUGUUUGCCCUUGGUGAUAGCUUCGCUUGUCAGCUUCUCACAGCUCAGUAGUUACAAACCAAAACCAAUUUCGGUUUUAUUAGCCUUUGGAAUGUUUCUGACUCCUUAAAAUGAUCUGUCGUCUUUUCUCCCCAUUCUCCAGGUUGACUCUGAAAAGUCAGAAUUGUAACUUCCUUUUCCCCCCUGCUUCUAGGCACAGCUCUGUGUUAUGGGUGACAUGAAAGAAGCUAAAAUGCAGAUAACGCCAGAAACUCCAGGACGAGUUGCAAUCCUGAACCCUUUUGAAAGUCCAAGUGAUUAUUAUACUCUUCAGGAGCAGAUUGUCUCCAGUCCUUCAAUCUUUAAGUCAACAAAAUCCUCAUCUACACCAGGAAAAUUUAGAUGGUCUAUUGAUCAGCUUGCUCUAAUAAAUCCUGUGGAAAUUGACUCGGAAGAUGUUCGACGCCAAGCGAUGUAUUUGAGUCAUGCUAGAAUUGAUAAGGAGAUGGAAGACAGAAGGCAAAAAGCCAUUGAGGAGUUUUUCACUAAAAGACUCAUAGUUCCUUCUCCUUGGACUGAACAUGAAGGGAAGCAAGUUUCUCAGUUUAAUUCAACUAAAUGCAUUGAUCUAAAUAACAUUUCUCCAAUUGGAAGACAGCUAACUUUGCAGCCUGGAAAAAACAAUGCUGCUUGUCAGACAGUACUGUCUUUGCCUGUGGAUUUUAAUUUAGAGAAAAUACUAGGUGAAUAUUUUAGAACUGACGAAUUCUCAGAUCAGUCUCAGGAAAAUCUGAGCUCUUCUUCACUCAGAAGAAAGCUGUUUUUAGAAGAAAAUGGAAGUGUAUCUGAGUGUUUGUCCCCUUCUCUGCAAAGUCCAUGCAGUAGUCAGCCACUUGGAGUGCUUUGUUCAAUAGAUAUAUCUCCAGUCCGGUGCAGAAGCCCUCUGGAAACAUCUAGUUCAGGCCAAUUUUCCUCCAGUCCUAUUCAAGGAGGAGCAAGGGCUUACAGUCUGGGAAGCAUAACCAGUCCCACAUUUCCAGAGGGGUCCCCUGCAUGUAAUGGUUCUCCUACUUUUUCUCCAAUUGCUUUCCAUAUAAGAAAGACACCGCUGUCAGACCAAAGAAAAUUUACAUUUCGUUCUCCAGAUAUUCCUUCUGCUUCAAAGAGAAUGACACCCCCAAGUACAAGAAGUCCUUAUAUAGAUGGUUGUUCUCCAAUUAAAAAUUGUUCUCCUAUGAGGCUUGGAGCAUGUAGAGGAACUGGCCAGUAUCAGACUUCUCUCAUUAGAAUACCAUUUACUGUUGAAAAUCACAGUGAGGAAGAAGACAAGGAAAAUGCAUCUCCGGUAGAAGCUCGGUUCCCAGAAAUGGAUAAUGGAAUAAACUUAUGUCAUCAAGAUGGUGAUACUUUUGCACGUGGUACACAUUUAGUUGUUGCAACUGUGUCUAUUGCACCAGAUCACUCAGAAGCUUGUGAACAAAGGUUGUCAUCAUUUCAGGAUAUAGAAGGCCUAAAGGAAAAUAAUACUGUAGAUAUGGCUGAUGCAGCUGAAGUGUCAGAUGAGAACACUUGGAUAAAAGAAACAGUUGGCAAUAGCAAUGCACCGAUGACCAGCUUUAUGACAGGAAUUACUUUCAGUAUUGAAAACUCUCGCAUGUGCAUGUCACCUCUUGCAGAAAGCAGUGCAAUUCCUUGUGACAACAGUAGUAUUCAGGUGGACAGUGGCUAUAAUACACAGACGUGUGGAAGCAGCAUUAUGGAUACUGCUGGGGCUGAGAACAGCUGCAGAGAAAAUGAUGUGAAUACACAUGUAUUUCAGAAUAAAUCUCAGCUUCUCAGAACGAAGGAGUGUUCUGUUUUAAACCAUAAGGACAAUCAGUUGCUGAGAGCAAAAUCUCCAGAGAAGCAAUCCUGUUUCCAUAAAGCAAAAAAGCAUAAUAUAGUAUUUGGUCAAAAUGCAACUUGCAACAUUUCUACCUGGAAACAUAACAGUGAAAAUCAAAUUCAGGGAUUUCGCAAAAAUGCAAGGAUAUCCAGUCCCAGGAUACUGGAUGGAAAGUCUGCCUCCUAUUCUAUUCAGCAACCCACAGAAGUGCCUGUAUCAAAGUGAUUAGAGCAUGGCUUUUAUACACUGAGCCUGAAACAGAAUCUGUCAGAUCCAAAUUUGGAGGCAACUGACAGCAUUUUAUAAAAACUUCGAAAGAGGAAAUAUGAACAGAAUUCUAUGGCAUUAAAAAGCAAUGUCAGAACUGAGACUUGCAUACAAAUAUUGUAUGAACAGAACAGUUCUUCAAAAAUCGUUUCAUCAAUACCUCACCAGUGAUGGCUUUGGGAACAGUCAAAUAAGCAGGGAAACACCAUCAGUAAAAUGUCAUUUAGUCUUAGUUCUAACAUUGCAAAAAAAAAAAAUCAUUUAAAAUUUUAACCAACAAACCUGAGAUGAAUUAUUUUUACUUCCAUAACAAUUUAAUCAAUAUUUCUGUAACAUGUAUUUGAAUAAUACAGGGAUUGAUAAUUAAACCUAAUGUCCUGAUGAAUUACCUAUGCUUGAUCUUGAAACUGUGCCCUACUAAAACCUGGAAAUACACUGAAUUGGUAACUUCUAGAGAAUUAAUUUUGUAAACCAAUUUGGGUAGAGAAGAAACUUAUCCAUACUGCCGGAAGAAUGAAUGAGUUGAAUAGAGCAUUCAAAAUGUUCUUAGCUUUAGCUUAUAAGGUUUGUAGUUCGAAGGCAAGACACAAAUUCUUGUCAGAGAUUUAAAGUUAUUUGUCACCUUGCUUCUUUUGUUACCCAUGAUAAUUCACUUAAUACCUAAUCAAUUGAAAGGCCAAACUUCCAGAAUGUGCAAGGAUUUAUUUUUUGCAAGUGUGAGAAUUAUGAAUACUAAUACCUGUCAAUGUAAAGGGGGAGAUAGCAGGGUAGUCCAAAUUAUGACCCAUUUCUGAACUGUUCUGUGUAAUAUGAGUGAUUAAAAUGUGGUUUUAUUUUUUUAAUUAAACUUUUUGAUUCUUUGUAGUGGUAUGUUCAAUGAUCAAAGGCUUUCAAAGUGAUUUCAAAUAAAGCAAUCACUAAAAUAUUG